GGUUAGGUCGCUGUAAAAAAGGGGAUUUUCUUAACUUUGUUGAACAAUUUUGCAAAUUUCGUGAUAAAAAAGCGGAUAAGCAGAAAUUCAAGUCAUUUCCGAGUCCCGCCUUUGUUCUUGUUGAAAAAGUAGGCCUUCCCGGCCAUGCAAACCGUACGUACUUCAGAGUGAUAAGCGCGAUAAAAAGUCUUUCGAAGGUGCAGGUGAAUUGGGCCUCUCCAAAGUGGAGGCUGGAUGAAAAUCAACUCCGGCAGUUUUGUAGAAAGGCAAAUCAAGUUCUCGCAUUAAUGGUGCGAUGGAUAAGAGCAAAUCACCUGUACGUCGAGCCAAACGCCAAUCAAAAGUGGAGGAGAACUUUUGGGACUGCAGCGUUUGCACUUUUCGGAAUACGGCGGAGGCAUUCAAGUGCUCUAUGUGCGACGUACGCAAAGUGUACUCCGUUCCAGGGACUUCCACGCGAAAGCCACGGCUCAACUCAGCGCUGGCGGCACAGCAAGCGGCUACUCAGGCCUUCCCCAGCGCGUCUGGCCAAGCAACAUGUCGGGCCAAUUCGAAGUCGUCCCGAACAAAGAGCAAACGAUCGAAGCAUCCAGCCAGAUUAAAAAACAUCGAUCGGUCCAGUGGACAGACGCGGGAAGUGACGGUCAAUUCCGUCACCGUAAUCAUUACCGAAUACAAACCAAAGCCUCCUCCCGUGAACCGAAAUGAUUCUAGCGAAAGUUUUAGUGAAAGCAACGACUCUAGAAGCUAGAUUGUGUUCAAAAUAGUCAGUUUUCACAACAUCAUUCAACGAAAUCGAGGGCAAUGGUAGAAAGUGAAGAAAUCUAUGUAUCUUAUACACUUAGCGAGAAAUCUUAUCUUGUUUGUACUUAUGUAAACUUCCCUGCAUAGUUCUAAAAACUCCUUAUACAAAUUAAUGCUAGAAUCGGAGAAUAUCAGUUACACGUAAGGAUUGGUUUAAACACAAGUAUACUUAUUAUUCUCUUUAACUUACUAGCUACUUUCUUUUAGCAAAGACUGUUUCUGAUACGUUCGUAAGCAUUAUUGUCCCAAUUAAUGUAAAAUGUAUGAUUACUAUGAAUAAGACUAAGGUGCCUAUUCCCCUCAGUCGUGUUCAACGAUUUUUUUGAACAAAAACGAUAAAAAUGAAAUCUACCCCUAGGUGAAAACGAUAAAAACGAAAUCUACCCCGAGGCGAAAACGAAAUCUACCACGAGGCGAAUUGUGUGUUUAUACUGCGCGAGUUUGGGAGUCGAGUCUGCGGUUGAUUUUUUAAAAUUUAAAUUUAAAAAUAUCUGUGUUUUUUUCGUUUCGCUUAAUUU